AUAUUUGCUCUAAAGUAAAAUUCCCAACAACGGCACCCUGAUUCCCCGUCGAUCGAGAAAAUCCCCGCCAAUAGUUUCCUGAAUUCCCAAAUUAAUUAAUCAUCAAAUUCCCAUUUCCACCAUCACUGAACCCAAAUCACAUACUCAACUGGCAUCGAAUAGAAAAUGGUGAUAUUAGUGGUGGCAACAACCACCGAUCCGGCGUCGUAUGGACCGGCGACAGCGCUCUUAGCCAUGGGAAAUUGGAACCCCGGCGUAUCCUUUCAGGGGAUUAGAAGUAAAGUAAACGGAGAUGUGAGAUUACUGGAGCACGAUAAAGGGAUAGUGGAGGAGGAUGAUUUAGAUAAUCGGUGGGAAGAGGCUACAGGCGAGGUUGUCGACGAGAUCAUCUUCCUCAGCAAACACACCGCCGUCACUAAUCGCCCUGCUCUUACCAUUCACCCGAUCGGUGUGCCUCAUUUAAAAGAAGGAGAUGUUCCACCACAAGGAGGAAAACCUGGAUGGGCAGCAAUUCCUAGCCCUCGAAUGACACCAUGGUUGAUACUCUUAAAGAAACUUGCCCAAUCUCAUAACUUGGUUCCUGAAUUCGAGAUCACUUUGGAGGCUACUCAUCAUGGUCCAAUUACAAACAAGCCAACAAUGUUUGUUGAGAUAGGUAGCACAAUUGAAUGCUGGAAUAGGAAAGAUGCUGCUCAAGUCAUUGCUCAAUUAGUUUGGGAAGGAUUAGGAAUUGGAAGUGGAGAGGCUAUUGGAAACUGGAACAGUGCGUGUGGUAAUAAAAAAGUGCUUCUGGGUAUAGGGGGAGGGCAUUAUGUACCUCGCCACAUGGACAUAAUCUUGAAGGGUGGUGUGUGUUUUGGUCAUUUGUUAUCUGGAUAUUCAUUGCCAAUGGAAGAUGGUGGUGGAGGGACAUGGAAACAUGCUAUCAAAGCUUCAUAUGAUGCAACACUUGAAGCUUUUCAUGGUGGUGAAAUUAUUGCUCAUCUUGAUCAAAAGAGUUUCAAGGGAUGGCAAAAGAAAGCAAUUAUCGAGUACCUAAAUGAACAAAAUAUAAAAAUCGGCAAACCAAGCGAUUUCUAUUGAUAUCAACAUAUGCAUUUAUGAUUUAUGUGUAUCAGAUUCAAGAACUAUGUUACAAUAUUCAUAAUAUUAAACUGUGAAAAUUGUCAGUUCUUAUGGUUAAA